AUCUAAUUGCAUUGCGUGAGAUGUGCUGAGGGACCGACGCUCAGUGGUCAGUAAUGAUCUUUAAAGCAUUAUAAUUAGAGGAUGGGCCAGGCUGCAGAGACACACAAUGAAUUGAAUUGUCAUGACAAGGUGGCAUUUUUUUUUGGUUAUGAAUCCUGGAUUCGAUGCUCUGAUUAUAUAUAUCACACACUCGGAACGACAAGCGAGGCAGACAUCCCCAGACAAAUCACACCGUCUACAUCACAUUUGCACAGUGACCCCCUGUCACCGUCCAUGUGAUUUCCUCCACUUCUCUCCCCUCCUCUCUCUCGCCUCUGAAGCCAGCCACAACUGCUACCUAAGCCUCUGUUUCUCCGCUGCCUCUCUCUCUCUUUCUCUCGUUGAUAAUAAAAACACGGCCAGCUAGCUAGUACAACUUAAGUUAGCUGCCUUUGGUCUUGGAGCAAUGCUUCCAUCCCCAGCUCGACUACUCGUCUUGUGCGUUGUUGUCUGCUGCCUCCUGGCACUGCAUCACGUCUACCAAGCCAAGGCAGGCGAUGAUAGUGAUGGGGCUUCGUCGAGCAAGGCAGUGGAUACCCGGGGUAUGAGGUUCGUCAACUCAAGGCAAAAGGAGGCGUACAUUGUCCUGCAGACAUGGAAGUCCACUGCCAUCUAUUCCGACCCAAACAACUUCACGGCCAACUGGGUGGGCCCCAAGGUCUGCGACUAUACCGGCGUCUACUGCGCCCCAUCCCCCACCAACCCAUCCCUCACUGUCGUGGCCGGCAUCGACCUCAACCACGCCGACAUAGCCGGGUACCUCCCACCGGAGCUAGGGCAGCUCUCCGACCUGGCCCUCUUGCACCUCAACUCCAACCGCUUCUGCGGCAUCCUACCGACCACCUUCCGACGACUGAAGCUCCUCCACGAGCUCGACCUCAGCAACAACCGGCUGGUGGGCCGCUUCCCCAAGGUGGUGCUCUCCCUGCCUUCCCUCCGCUACCUCGACCUUCGCUUUAACGAAUUCGAGGGUGCCAUCCCGCCCGCUCUUUUUGACCGCCCCCUCGACGCCAUCUUCCUCAACUCCAACAGACUACGCCAUGGCAUACCCGCCAACCUGGGCAACUCUCCAGCCUCGGUCGUUGUCCUCGCCCACAACGCCCUCGGUGGCUGCAUACCCAGCAGCAUUGGUCGCAUGGCCGCAACCAUUAACGAGAUCAUCCUCCUUGACGACAACCUCACCGGCUGCAUACCUCCGGAGGUCGGCCAACUCCACAACCUUACCGUGUUCGAUGUUAGCUUCAACCACCUUCGGGGUCCUAUACCGGACACAUUCAGCCAGAUGAGCAGCCUCGAGCAACUGGAUGUCGCCCACAACCAGCUUACAGGAGCCAUCCCUGCUGGUGUUUGCAGCCUCCCUAAGCUAGAGAACUUCACCUACUCGUACAAUUACUUCACUCAAGUACCACCUCAGUGCCCGGCCAGGAGUGCCGGGACAGGACGGAUGAUGGACGGCCAGCAAAACUGCAUUCCGGGCCUGCCGAACCAGCGAUCUCCCAGUGAGUGCUCCUCCGACGCCGCGCGGCCAUUCGACUGCAGCAAGUCCAAAUGCAGCAGGGAGGGUGGCGGUCGGAUGCCUUCCCCUGCGUUGCCGAUGGCGCCUCCACCUCCGCAGCAGAGCAAGGGUGGCACAAGCAGAAGGCGAUCCAACCCCCCACCGUCUCCUGUCGGCAACAGACCCAAGAACAAUAUUAAGCCAAAUUACCCUCCACCGCCCCCAGUCUCCAGAUCUUCACCGUCCACUAGAUCUCACUCUCCUCCUCCACCCUCACAAACUCCACCGUAUCUUCCACCUUCUCUUGUACCGCCACCUCCUCCCUCUUCUUCUCUUCUGCCUCCGCCAUCCUAUCCCUCACAGCCCUCCGCCUCCACCACCAAGCAAGCCUCAGCACAACCCAACAUCUCCACCUCCGGCGUCCUAUCCCCAUAACUCUCCUCCACCACCGAGCCAGCCUCAUUACACCCCAACUUCUCCACCCCCAGCGUCCUAUCCCCAAAACUCUCCUCCACCACCGAGCCAGCCUCAGCACACCCCAACAUUUCCACCCCCGGCGUCCUAUCCCCAUAUAUCUCCUCCA